GUGACUCGAGAAGGGCGACCUCGACAGUCUGGAAUUGUAGGGUAUCUGCAUCGCGCUGUUCGGCCAUGGACGUGACCUUUGUCGCAACAUCACCAACUUUGACGCAGGCCCUGAGUUCUAGAUCGACCAGGCAAGCUUCAUCUGCACCAAGUUAUCAAAGCCACAAACAGCGAUGGCAUGGUGCAGUGGCCCUUGGAGUAGCAGCUGCCACUGCCAGAAGGCGGAGUAGAGCCACGUGCAAAGCUGUAGCAGCGGCCUCGCGACCAGCCCUGGGAGACUUGAUGGUGAAGCCAGUCGACAGCAAGGAACUCAUUUCCAAGAGCCGGCCCGCGCACUGGGUGAUUAGGACGACUGACGUUAAAGCCAACCUACGUUUCUUCACUCGCAUCUUCGGCAUGAAGGUCUUGAGGCAUGAGGAGUUCGAAAAACCCUGUGCCAUCACGUGCAACGGAGAGUUUGACACGCCUUGGUCAAAAACUAUGAUUGGAUAUGGCCCAGAGGAUGAGAGCUUCUGUUUGGAGCUCACCUACAACUACGGAGUAGACAACUACGAGGUCGGCACUGGCCUGACACAUGUGGCAGUGGCUGUGGAGAACCCUGAGGAGGCUUUAGAGGCAGCAGCUUCUAUGGGAUACGCAGUGGAUGGUGAUGUUAUUUCUGGCCCGGACAGCUACAAGUUCCGCGUUCUCAAGCAAGAGGCGGACCAAGCAGAGCAUUUCCGGUAUGUUGCACUGCGUGUUCAAGACCUUGAAGCUGCAGUGAGGUUCUACUGCGAUGCAUGUGGCAUGACGGAGAUGGAUCUUGUGGACAUUCCCAACCACCCAAUGUUCGCCAAUGACAAUACGAAGGUGGUGGGCUAUGCCAACGGCGUCCCCCUUGUCCUUUUCAAGGACGAGGCUGCUGUGAAGAUCGGGCAAUGGGAGGGCCGUCAUGCAAUUGCAGUCCCUGGCCAAGCUCUUCGGGCCAUUUACAAACGACGCUCGAUGGAUGGCAACAGCGCAGUCGGAGCCUACCCAGAUCUAAGUGAUCCCAAGUGA